AUGAUCAAGCUUUGUGGGCGUUUCAGCUUAAUACGCGGGAACUUUCAAAGUGCGAGUUUCAAUUAUGUUCAGGGGAGGAAUAAAGAAGAAUUGCAAGCCAUGAGUCUCGUUUUGGAGCCCUGCUGCAGCUGUAAUAUUCAAGAACAUGUGAGGCAGCUCUUUAAUGAAACAGUUCCUGCCGCAUGGUUACCAGCGGAGGGCUGCACUCGGCUCCAGACCUCCAGGAUUGUUACCAUGGCAACAAGAUUGUUAGUCGGAACGGGACCUGUCGUACUGCCAGUCGAAUAUUUGUUUUUUCCUUUGCAGGAAGCAGUCAGAACGAUGGAUCGAUUCAUUCCAUCUUCGAAGCAGCCGCAACACUGGAGCAGAAAUUACAAUGGAUCUCAAGAUCGACGACGGUCCAAUGCUCGCAGAAGAGGAGCAUCGCCGGUUUCGGAAGGGAAAACCACAACAACUUACGGGCAAGGCAUAACUCUGAGAGCAGAAGAUUUACUAGGAGAGAGCGAAAACAGACUUGGACGAGGAUCAGGAAUUCCCGCUGUCAACUUUCUCACACCGAAACAAGGUGACAGACGUGCUGCCUUAGGUGGAAGCGCGACAGAGUUGACCAAGUGCGAACGACCCAAGGCUCCCUUGCGUCGAUCCUCCGAAGGUAGUUAUGCUUUACGAAGGCAGUCCUCGUCCUCCUCAAACGCUGCUGACGACCCCACCUCUAGCGAUCCAUCCACCUCUUGCUCAGCCUCAUCGUCAUCGUCUUCAGAAUCAGGCUGCAACGCUGAUUCCGAGACGUGCAAUUAUUGCCGUUUGUCCGAGAGCAGCGAUUCCUGCGAAUGCCGGGACAGCACAGACGGCGAGAGGUCUUCUUCCUCACCUGACGGGAAUGAAACCAGAAGACCCCGCUGUCUGACAAGAGCCCUCUCCGAGGAUUGUUACCCACCGUCCAAAUCUCGACCCAUACGACGCACAUCUCCCGGCGAAUACCUGCGGCACAAGCGGAUCCAAAUGGAAAAACUCAGAAAUGAAAGACUGAACUCUCCAAACCGGAGAGGAAUCACUUUUCAAAGAUGCGAUUCGGACCCCCGGCUUUAUCUGAAGAAAUCCGAAGACGUUACACCUCAGAGCAGGGCUUUGAAUUUCGUCUCUCCGACCAGGAAUCGCAUGAGACAGUCGCACGGGGCAGAACCAGAGCUCAUGGUGGUCAACCAGGUGAUUCUGCCAGUACCCCAGUCAACAAAUCCUACUCUUAGCGAAUCCGGCAGGCCGAAGAGGUCCGCACUUGCCAAGAACGUUGCUGAGAGGAGGAAUCGUGCUAAAGAACGCCAACCCAGCUUGGUGUGGAAUGCUGAGGAUUCAACACCCUUUCUGGAAUGUACUGGUGUCAUGUUCAAGUGUGCAGUGUGCGAGAGUGACAUACCUUUCACGAACUGCGUCUUGUGCGAUGCAGAGACGAAAGGUCACUUCUUUAACAGUGAACAAGGGGCUAACAUUGCUCCAGAGUUUCCCAAUGAACAACAGGACACCCAAAACUCAAAUGAUGAUUCGUUGAUUUUCAGUGAUGACAGGAACUCGGAAAUGGAACGCUUAGCUGCUGAAAGUCAGUCAUCGGAGGAAAAGAAAGAGUUGGAGGAAUUUUAUGAUACCCCGACACCAGCGGAUACGCCACCAUCUAUAAACAAAGAAGCUUCACACGAUAAAAAGGCUCAGUGGUCUUCUAAGGGAGCCAUCCACAAAAGUUUCAAUUACGAAGAGAAUGCUGCUUCCAGGAGACGAAACUCUUUAAGGAAGUACAAUUCAGAACCAGUGCCGGAAAAAGACGCCGAAGACUGUUAUGUACCAUCCAGGAGUCAAGCAGAUGCACCCAUUUCUCGUUACACACCACAAGAGCGUUCACAAUCCAGAAGUGAAAAUACACAGUCAAGAGCUGAAAGCAGUGGCUCAUCGUCCAGCAAAUCCGAAAAAAGAUCGGGAUAUCACAUAGCAAAAGACAGUCCAAAAAGAACAACGCCUGAAGAACAAUCUGUGAGUUCGUGCCCCACCUGCGAUGUCGCAGAAGAGGAUAAGACGAAAGAGAAUUCGAAAGAGAGAGUUUUAUCCCCAGAUUCGGCAAUCCAAGAAAGGGCCAAGAGAAAAAGCCCGACAUUUCUCAAACCGGAGUUUGUUUUUGAACCCGAAAUUAUUCAUAAAGCCAAUCCGCUAGUGGAUGAAGCCGAAGUGGAAGUCGUCCCGUCCGCCAUUGGUGCUUUCAGACGGCUGUCUGAAGACGAGUUCAUUUCGACCCUCAACAUCCACGAAGCAGCGAGGAAAGGCGAUCUGCACGUCGUCAAGCUGCUCUGCAAAAAAGACUGCAAACAAAUGGAAACCGUAGACGAAAGAGGCUGGACACCCAUCCACUUAGCAGCUGCUCAUGGCCACUCUGAAAUAGUGAAGUACCUGGCAGUGGAAGGAGCUCAUCUGGCCGCCCUGGAUCCAAGCAGUUACACGGCGCUCCAUCUUGCCGCUAUGAACGGACACAAGAAUUGUUUAGAUGUACUUUUACCUAUGGGAGUAGACAUUGAUUGUCUUACAGCAGAGGGAUUCACUCCACUUCAUUUGGCUGUGAUGAACGGUCAUCUGGAUUGCAUCCAAACUCUACUCAGGUGGGGAGCGAGUAUGGACAAGAGGGACGCUCUGGGCAGAGGCGUGUAUGAGAUGGUGGAUGAGUACAAUCUGGAAGAUGUUGCGUCCCUGCUCCGUCGCUUUCACAAGAAAUUGCACAACUUCAAGCAUGUACUGGAUAUGAUAAAGUGCGAGGGUAGAAGUAGUUCAGAAAUUCCACAAGAGUACAUGGACAUUCUUGCAUCAAUUGCUGAAGAAAGUGGAACAGAAUGAAGAACAAUUGUGCGUAUGUUUUUAUGUGGUUAACUGAUGAAGGUCCUGUGUUUUAGAUUUAUUUCUUUGGUAUACAUUAUUUCAAUUUAUCCUGGUAUAUAUACUUGAGUUUUUGAAAUCGUAAUGCUGGAUUUAUAGUUUUAGGAAAAUGAUCAAAAUCUUAUUCUUAUAUAGAUAACUUUAAUACUAAGAAUCCCAAAAAUAAUUCCUUCUAUUAAUCGAUAAUCAUAUUUCAAUUUUCAGUUAAUGGAAUCAAGCAGCGUGACAUAGCAAGUUUUUGUCUCGCCGGGACAAAUGCUUGUUAUUGUACAAUUUCUGCGCAUGAGUAAUCUUACUAGAUGGUUUGUAGCUGGCUGAGUGUAAACCUAUCGUUACAUCCACAAUAUCUUGAGUUGUAUUAUGACGUCGCAUCCUUUUAUAUCCUGAAUUUAUAUGCUCAAGAAAUUAAAAAUACUAAUUUGGACUUGCGCAUUUGCAAUGUGUCAUAUGAACAUCAAUUGAUUCCAUUAUAUUCUGUUGUCAUUUUUUCUUUCAA